AUGCAGAGAAAGAACUUCACAGAAGUGACAGAUCUCAUCUUCCUGGGAUUUUCUAUCUUUGGAAAGCACCAGCUAAUGCUCUUUGUGGUUUUCCUGACUGUCUACAUUUUAACUCUAACUAGUAAUGUCAUCAUUGUGACCAUCAUCCGUGUUGACCGCCACCUGCACACGCCCAUGUACUUCCUCCUGAGCAUGCUGGCCAGUUCUGAGACUGUGUACACACUGGUCAUUGUCCCACGAAUGCUUUCCAGUCUCCUUUUUCAUAACCAGCCCAUCUCCUUGGCAGGCUGUGCAACUCAGAUGUUCUUCUUUGUCACCUUGGCCACCAGUAACUGCUUCUUGCUUACAGCAAUGGGCUAUGACCGCUACCUGGCGAUCUGCAGCCCCCUGCGGUACACGGUCCUCAUGAGCAAAGGAGUGUGUGCCACCUUGGUAUGCGGGUCCUUCGGUACCGGCCUGGCUAUGGCAGUUCUCCAUGUGGCAGCAAUGUUCAACUUGCCCUUCUUGCCAAUGCCAAACUCCACUGCUGUGACUGAGUUCCUCCUGGAAGGGUUCUCCAGCUUUGGGUGGCAGCACCGGCUUGUCUUCUUUGCUGUCUUUCUAACUCUGUACCUACUGACUCUCUGCGGCAAUGUCAUCAUCGUGACUAUUAUUCAUCUGGACCGUCACCUCCACACCCCCAUGUACUUCUUCCUGAGCAUGCUGUCCCUCUCUGAGACCUGCUACACCGUGGCCAUCAUUCCCCGUAUGCUUUCUGGCCUCCUGAAUCCCCACCAGCCCAUUGCUGUCCAAGGCUGUGCCACUCAGCUCUUCUUCUAUCUCACCUUUGGCAUCAACAACUGCUUCCUGCUCACAGCCAUGGGCUAUGACCGCUACGUGGCCAUCUGCAACCCCCUGCGGUACUCAGUCAUCAUGAGUAAAGAGACCUGUGUCCAGUUGGCAUAUGGAUCACUGGGAAUUGGCUUGAGCAUGGCCAUCAUCCAGGUAACAUCUGUGUUUGGCCUGCCCUUCUGUGAUGCAUUUGUCAUCUCUCACUUCUUCUGUGACGUGAGACCCCUGCUGAAGCUGGCCUGCAUGGACACCACUGUCAACGAGAUCAUCAACUUUGUUGUCAGUGUCUGUGUCCUGGUUCUACCCAUGGGCCUGGUCUUCAUCUCCUAUGUUCUCAUCAUCUCCACCAUCCUUAAGAUCACUUCAGCUGAGGGCCGGAAGAAGGCUUUUGCCACCUGCGCCUCCCACCUCACCGUGGUCAUCAUCCACUAUGGCUGCGCUUCCAUCAUCUACCUCAAGCCCAAGUCCCAGAGUUCUCUGGAGCAGGACAGACUCCUCUCUGUGACCUACACAGUCAUCACCCCCUUGCUGAACCCCGUUGUGUACAGCCUGCGGAACAAAGAGGUCAAGGAUGCUCUGCACAGAGCUGUGGGGCGGAAUCUUUCCUCUUAACAAGGAGAGAUUGUUGAAAGCCUUUUAUUUGAUUUUGUGAAUGUAUAUUAAUUUUAAUGCUGUGUCAGUAAGGCUUUUAAGUAUGAGAUCAAGAAGAAUAGACUUUAGUAAAGGAAUUAAAACUGGGGACUUCCAUUUGAGCUUGUCAUGGUUUCCCAUGCUUCCUUCAGAGAUGCUCAGCAAAUGCCCAAGACCAGAGGGGAAAGAUUUACCUGCCUGGGUCACUCCCACCCACAUCCUGUCACACACGUGUACACCCAGCCACACAACUCCAUUGAGACACAGAACCGGCAGCGUUCUACAAAGCCCAUGAACAAAGGGUUUGGAAGCCACCUCGGAAAGACUUUCACUGCUGUUGGAAGGAAUGUAGGAGUAGUUUGUGCAACUUUUUAACAAGUGAGGAGACACAUGCAUAUUCUCUUCUGUGGACAUGGAGGACCAUCUCGUAAUCUGCUUUUGCUAAUUGCUAACAUUCCCCAGAUUCCUGAGGAAUCUUCAGGAGGCUUGGGUACACACUUGCCAGGGUAGAACUGCCUUACCCAGCCAUUCCCGGAAAGGAGGGGUACAAAUAGGAAGUCAAAAAGGUCAUCAGCUCUCAAGCACGUAGAGGUGUGUUGUCCACAGCCUGGAGGUGGUGAGGUGAGGAAACACCAGUAAAGGGGAACGUGUUGAAAAGUUCAACACCUUCCGCAUUUCCAGCCCAGGAGUGAAAAGCACAGAGGUUGGAAGGAGCUAAGCAAAGCCUGGUUCUUUUGUGGGCUAGACCUAUAAACUCUGAUAUGCUGUUGGAAAUGUAAGCAUUUUCACCACAACUUCUGAGAACACUUAUCAAUGAGCAGAAGUCUGAAGGUUGACUUAAAUAAAAAAUUUUCUGGUAAGCUCCUAAGCCCGCAGAGGUUAAUCUUCAGACAUUUCUUCUGAGAUACUCCCAACGUAAAACCUGACCUAAAAACAGCAUUCCCGUGUGAGCAUCUCAGAAGGUGAACACGUACGCUCUGGUGGGUCCUUCCUCCUCCAUCCUCCUGCCCCACUCUGGCCUCCCAUGCCGAGGAAUGGGCACACCCUGAGCUCCAGACGCGGCUCCUAUGGCGUCCGGAAUCCAGCUGGC